AUGGUCAAAAUGAUAUUCAAUCCCUUUGUCACUUCUGACCGGAGCAAGAACCGUAAAAGGCAUUUCAAUGCACCUUCCCACAUUCGAAGGAAGAUUAUGUCGUCACCUCUUUCCAAAGAGCUGAGACAGAAGUACAAUGUUCGGUCCAUGCCCAUCCGAAAGGAUGAUGAAGUUCAGGUUGUUCGAGGACAUUACAAAGGACAGCAAAUUGGCAACGUAGUCCCGGUUUACAGGAAGAAAUAUGUCAUCUACACUGAACGAGUGCAGCGGGAGAAAGCUAAUGGCACAACUGUGCACGUGGGCAUUCACCCCAGCAAGGUGGUCAUCACUAGACUAAAGCUGGACAAAGACCGCAAAAAGAUCCUUGAACGUAAAGCCAAAUCUCGCCAAGGAGGAAAGGAAAAGGGAAAAUACAAGGAAGAAACACUUGAGAAGAUGCAGGAAUAA